AUGCUUUCUCUAUUGUUCAUUAUCAUUCCAUUACUAAGUUCAAAUCAAGUAUUUUCUUCGCCCGUUCUCCUGUGGAGCAAUUCAAAUCUUCCUCGAACAGAUUUACCUCUUUCAAAAUUGUCGUCCAUUUAUGUUAUGUCAAAUUAUGUUUGCAAAAUUGACACUCAAAAUGUUCAAGUUCGCUUAUUUGCUGUUAAUGGACUGACUAAUGAAGAUAUUCAACGAGUGUUAAAAGACGAACAUCAACUUCUACUUGAUGCCAAUAAUGAAAAAAGUCAAUAUCGUUAUUUUCCUAAUGUUGCUGAUGACAUAUACACAGCAUUUUCAUUGAUUCCUGGAUCAAAUAAUAUGCAAUGUUCACAUAUUCGUUUUGAAAUCACAUCAUCGAAUAAAUAUAAUAAAUUAGAAGAUGCAUUGAAUGAAAUGCAGUCAACAGUCGUUACUAUUGGCACCAAUGCAGAAACGGUUAUCGUCAUGGCAUUAGUUGGUGACUCAGUUGUUGAUCAAAGUGUGGUUCGUCGACGUCGAGCUAUUGAAGUUACUGAGAAUGAUGUUCUGGUAUCUGAAGAUCAAAGUUGUAUGUUUUAUGCUGACAAAUUAUAUUGGGGAGAUGUUAGCGGGCAACAAUAUUCCACUGGAAACUUUACACUUGAUUUACAUAAUAGUUCAUGUACACCAAGUCAAAUAGUGACUCCAAGUGGAAAUAUUACUUCAGUUGUUCUUAAUUUAUACUGGAAUAAUGGAACUAGCGAUAUCGUAUCAAUGACUUUAAUGGCAAAUAUAACUGGUCGUUAUUGGUAUUUAGAAAAAGCAAUAGUCAACGGUUCUGAAUAUCGUUAUUUUGCUUAUGGUAUGCAUAGUCUAAUGGAUACGCCACCAACGUAUUCAUACGUGUGUAAAACAGCAGUAUUUGUCAAAUAUAAUUCUUCGGUGAAAUAUGGUACAUAUGAUUUUAAAGAUAAAUUCUUCUUAACCAAUUUACAAUUUCAACCAUUCUUUGGAAAUGGUUCAUAUUUUGGUCCACCAAAUUAUUGUACAUCAUUUUUUACCAGUGGCAUAUGGAUGGGUAUAACAUCAAGUUUACUUUGUUUAGGUAUUUUACUAUUUGGUGUUUACCGUAUGAUGAGUAUUAAAUCGAAUGAUCGGUUUGAUGAUCCAAAAGGAAAGCCCUUAAUUAUCAAAGCACAAGAAUAA